UUUAAGCUUAAAAAUUGAAGAAAUUUCAUUAAAUAAUAAAAACGUUUAUAAUUCGGGCUGUGAGUAAAAGGUGAUUAGAGUAAAUUUCUAGGCUAACCCGGCAUCGUUUUUAUAUCGUGACUACACUAACGAAUUUUUGUGUAGGAAACAAGACUAUUUUGUAUUUAUUCCUUCGUUCUGUUAUGAACAAUAAGGAAACUAAUAAUGAAUAUCAUGAUCCCGACUACCCCGAAAAUCCAGUGUGCAUUAAAGAGGAGAAAAGAAGUCAGCAAGAAACUGAGGAAAAAAUUAAAGCUAUUAUCAGAAAGGAGUUUACAAACGAAUUACAUGUUAGAGAAAGUGAAGUAAUGUUAAUAGAUCAAAGAAUGGCAAAGGCGCGGAGGUAUCUACAUCAAAUUCGUUACCAUUUAGUAAACAGUUACUACUCCGAUCCCAAGCUGUCGCUAACUGGCAGCCAGAUAGAGGAUGAUAUCUCUGCACAGACUCGGGCUAAGGCUCAGGUUGCAGCUUUAUUGCGUGAAAGUCAGCCGCAGAUCCAUCCAUCAGUCCUGAAAUUACUCGGGAAGAAAUCUGUAGACAUAGAAGAAAUAUUAACUACUAGAUCACAAAGAAAAAGAUCGAGGAAGAAUUAUUCUGCAAUGGUGAAUCCCAAAAACUAUACAACAGCGGCUGGUGAAACUCAGACCCUGCGGCCUCACACCUCCAAACCUCACAAUACCGUCCCCCCAGAGGAGCCUUCCACUAGUCGAGUAAAGAAAGUGCCUAAACAUUUGACGCCGAAAGUGGAAAAUGUUUUAAAAUUAGAUGAAAUCACAAGAAACAAAAUCAAGCAUCGAUAUAGGAUAAUUAUAGGCAACACGUCGAAGUACGCGCCGGCGGCGGGGCGCGCGGACCGCUCGACGCACAAGUGGCUGCUGUACGUGCGCGGGCCGGCGGGCACGGACGUCGCGCGCGUGCUCGCCGCCGCCAGCGUGCGACUACACCCCUCCUACGCGCCGCACCACAUCGUGCGUCUCGAGAAGCCGCCGUUCCACGUGUCGCGGCGCGGGUGGGGCGAGUUCCCGGCGCGAGUGGAGCUCCACUUCCGCCUGCCCGAGGUCAACCGUCCCGCCGCCGUCGAGCACACCAUCAAGCUCGACCGCAACUACACCGGCUUGCAGACGCUCGGUGCGGAGACGAUAGUGGACGUGUGGCUGUACAGCACGCCCGAUAUGCUGGAGUUCGAGUACAAGGACGAGGCGGAGGCGGAGGCGCCCGCCCCCGACCGAGUGCAGGUGAAGAGCGAGCCCGAGCCCGCGCCCCGGCCGGAUCCCGAGCCCGCCCCGGCCGGCAUCAAGCUCGAGCCGCCGGAACCGCUCGAGCCCGCGGACGCCGACAGCUGGCUCGACUUCUUCGCCCGUGACACCACCGAGCUCAACGUCGACGAAAUGCUGGUGAUACACGCGCGACCGCCCCCUGCCGCCCCCGACCCGCCAUCCGACCGCCCCGACGUCGCUAACGGCGACGACGAGCCCGCUGCCCCCGACGAGCCGCCCCCCGUCGCCCCCUCCCCCGCCCGGAAGCGCAUCGUCAAGUACGUGGACCCCACCACGAGGAAGAUCUACUACCUCGAGAUGGACCGGAGCCUCGACAUCAGCAAGGUGCAGGAGAUAGUCAUCGACUCGAAGGAGGGCCCGCGGACCGCCAAGAUCGGCCCCGUCGAGAGCAACGGCCUAAGGAAGGUUCGGAGGAAAAAGAGCGGCGUUUCCGUGCUGAAGCCCGAGGUGAGGGGUCGGGCGAGCGCGGACGGCGCAGAGUGUGCGGCGGAACUCGGCCACAUCGCCAACGACCACUGCUACGCGGGCGGCGAGUGGCUGCCCCGCCCCGCGCCCCGCCCGCCGCCCCGCGACCCCGCCUCCGCCCUCGUCGCGCUCGAGGCCACCGUGGCGCGCUUCUCCUGCGAGCGCGUCGUCGUCAACUACCUCCUGAAGAAGAUGCCGCUCAUCAACGUGGAGGCGGCCGACCUCGACUUCCUCCAGGACUUCCCGUUCGUCGUCGAAAACGAGCAGAAGUACUGGAAGUUGGAUUUCGCGAAACGAAGAAAUAUCGAGUGGUCGAGGGCGAAAUUGAUAAACCGUAUUCUGGCGGCGAGGUUCAAGUCGGAGCCGGGCCGCGUGUGGCGGACGAAGCAGAUCCUGGUGUACUCGCGGCUGCACGGCUUCUACCCGGUGCGGCCGGACGUGCCGGGGGACGACGACGUCGCCGACGCGCCCGCACCGCCCGCCGACCUCGCCAGCCUGAGUCUGUUCCGCGAGAGCCGCUACCCGCCGGUCGCGGACGCCGCGCUCGACGUGUCCGACGACGAGGAGGUGGACGUGGUGGGGGCGGGGCGGGGAGACGCGCGGCCGGGAGCGGCGCCGGGGGAGGGGCUAGAGGGACUGGAGGUGCUGCCGGCGGGGGCGGACGAGCGCCUGCACCACGCCUUCGUGGAGCGCGCCGCCGCCGACAUCGGCAUCGAGCUGCGCCUCGAGGAUAUAGGCAGUGGAUACUGCUACAGCGCGGUGCACCUGGUGCUGGUGUCGGCGCUGCGCAGCUUCGCGGAGGAUCUGGUGCGGGGGGCGCUGGCGGCGCGGUACGCCCCCGACCGCAACAACACAGUCUGGCUCGGGGCACGUCGCGCGGCAGAGGCGGUGAUACGGCCGGCGCACGUGUGGGCGGCGGCGGCGGACGCGCGGGGGGCGGGGCGACUGCGGCUGCUGUCCCGCGCGGCGCUGGCGGUGCGACCCGCAACACAAACGCCGCUAUAA